GAAUCAUGUUAAUAUUCCCAAUCCUGAAACCCUAAUUGCAAUCCAAUUGUCUGUGUCCUCAGGUGUUGGAUCUUCUUGGUAAUUUCGGAUGCCCUUGUGCUUGUCGAGUGGUGAUUCUUCUGUGUGCGCCCUUCUGCAAUGCCUUAAAUGCUUGCAUACAGCUUUUUUGGGCGUGAUUUCUGUAUCUCAAUCCUGAUGCCAUUCGACUUGUGUUGUUCAAGAUUUAGCAUCCGACAGCUACAUCGAGGGAUUCAGCGAAUUUAGAAUAAUUAGGUUCCUCCUGUCUUGCAUUUGCAAGCUUUUCUUGGGUGAUUCUGGGAAUCCUCUUGCAAGCGUAUGAUCUGUUUGCUAAAUUGCCGAGGUGGCGAUGGAGGAAGCAAGAUGCAAUUCGUCGUGGACUAGGGUGCAGGAAAAGGCAUCUGAGAGUGUUCUAGCAGCUUACCCUGAGGAUUGCAGCACACGGUGGGAGAAAAUCGCUCUUGCUUCUUGUAGAGGAUGUCAAUGGCAUCGAGUCUGAACGAGUCCCUUUGCCAUGCCCACUCAUCUUCCUCGGAAGGUGGUGACCCGGCCAACGAAGAUGGCAUUGUAUAGACGGGAGGGCACUCUCAUGAUGAUGAUUCUGGCCGUUGGUGGGAAAGCAUCAACGUCUGCUCAAGAAUGCAGGAAAGGAAUAACAUGGACUAAAGAUGAGCACAGGAUAUUCACUUUCCAGAUAGACAAAGAAAGUUAAUAUCGCCCCCUCUAGCUGAAAGAUUCAACAAAGCCACCACCAAAAAGACAGCAGAACAAGCUGCUGACUCGAUGAUGUGUCAGGCAUGAUGGGCAACCUUAAUAUGAUAGUUUAAGUGAUAACAAUAAAAAAGAAACUGGUGGUAUUCUGUUCAAUCUAAGCACAUGGAAUGUCCUUGAAUGAUAAAUGUGAUUAGCUCACAAUCCAGAGUUCUUUUCCUUUUACUGUUGCAAGCAGUUUUCUCUGGUUCAUGUCACAAGAAGAAAAAUCCAGUACAGCUAAUUUCCUAGGUUGCUGUAAAUUACUUGGUGCUUCUCAAUAGUUGGAAAUUCCUGCAAUCCAUAAACAUUUUUUUAGAAUUUGAUUGGUUCAAUAAUACCACAAGUAGUGGAGAUGCCAGUACCUGGAAAUAGUGGAAACCCACCGCAAAGAUAAGUUCAGAAGAACUUUUGGUUCUUAUCCUUUUUACUAGGAUCAUGACUAUCCUUUUGUGCUAAAUGAGGUGAUGAGGACUCUCCUCUUUUUCUCUUCUUGCUUUAUUAGUAUGCCUUUAUAACCGAUGACAUUAGGAUGACUGUGCAUCACAACUCAAGAUGAUCAAUACAAAGUCACAUUGUCACCUUAUAAAAGCAGACUUGCUAGUCUGAUAGAAGCCAAGCAUCUCAGAUAGCAGUGUCGGUAAAAAACGUGAGCUUUAUUUCAACAUGAAGAUCCCAAACAGCAAUCAAGUGGCAGGAAUUCCAUUCAAGUCCCUUCAAACUGUUUCUGAAUCCAGAAGAUUGUGUCUUCAUUCUACCUCCUCUAGGUGCUCCCGGUACAAACAAAAAAAACUGGAUUUGGUGAUUGAUUGGAUGAGCAAGUUCAGCAAAAAAGCAGACGGCUACGCAAAAAGCAUUCGGGAUCAUGUGAACUUAGGCACAAACUUCUCGGAAACUUUGAAGGGAAAGUUCAGCCUAGGCACGAAGAUUCUUAAAGCCGGAGGUGUUGAGUGUGUCUUCAGGAAAAAAUUCUGUGUCGAAAAAGGAGAGAAGCUGCUGAAGGCUUUCCAGUGCUAUUUGUCAACCACAGCUGGUCCCAUUGCGGGGCUGCUCUUUGUUUCCAAUAAAAAGCUUGCAUUCCACAGUGACAGAUCUCUCAGACUCAUCUCUCCAAAAGGAAACGUAACCAGAGUCCCUUACAAGGUUUUGAUCCCAGUAAAUAGGGUUAAAAGUGUCAGUCCAAGUGAGAGCUAUGACAAGCCUAACCAAAAAUUCAUUCAGAUUGUUACAGUGGAUGGAUUUGAGUUUUGGUUUAUGGGCUUCCUCAGUUACCAGAGAUGUUUCAAGUGUUUAAGACGAGCCAUGUCAGAAUCCCAAGUUGGAGUUUUGCAGUUGACUCAUUCGAUCGAAGUCUGAAGCCGUCUCUGCAUGUCUUCGACACACGAAUUCAGUAUAAUGUAAUUAUGAAGACUGAAUUCCUUGUGUUUAUUUAUUGUCUUUGAAAAAGAAGAAAAUUAUAUUAAAUAUAAUUGAAAAGAUAGAUCUGGUGAUACAAAAAAGAAGAAGAAGUGAUUCUUCACAUUUUUCGU